AAGUUCAAUUUCGCAUGGCGGACGUGCGAGUGAACUCUGUUAUUUGUUGGUGAUAAUUUCAUUUAUUAUCUCGUUUAGAUUCCUUAUGGAAAGACUACUACUGAUGCUGUUAUUUCUUUGUGGACGUGCUUUAUUCAUCCCUUAACGUUAGAUGAUGGUUAAGUGUUAUUUAUAGUUGCAUUUUGUGAGAACUGCAUAGUGUCUCUCGAAAAUGGGAAAAUGUGACGAGGCUAAUGUCGAAGUUAGCAUGGGGGACUCGGCGUCCCCCAUGAAACCUGAUAAUUUCACGUUCACCCCGCCUCCGGAGGCUCCAGUCUUCGAACCUACGCCAGAAGAGUUCCUGGACCCACUGGCGUACAUCAGCAAAAUACGUCCUAUCGCUGAGAAAUCGGGCAUUUGCAAGAUAAAACCACCAGCGCACUGGCAGCCUCCGUUCGCGGUCGACGUGGACCGGCUGCGAUUCACGCCGAGGAUACAACGGCUCAAUGAAUUAGAGGCUAUAACCAGAGUUAAGUUAAACUUCCUCGAUCAAAUAAUCAAGUUCUGGGAGCUGCAGGGGUCGACCCUGAAGAUUCCCACUGUGGAGCGGAAACCGCUGGAUUUGUAUUCACUGCACAAGAUAGUACGAGAGGCCGGUGGCUUCGAAAUAUGUUCAUCAGAGCGCAAGUGGUCGAAGAUCGCGCGGCGCAUGGGCUACCCUCAGGGGAAGGGCAUCGGCUCCAUCCUGAAGAGCCACUACGAGCGCAUCCUGUACCCGUACGACGUAUUCAAGAGCAACGGCGCCGUGGGGGAUAACAAGGAGACGAAAAUCGAAGUGAAAGGCGAGCAGACGCCGGAGAAGGCGACGUCGACGCGCAGCCGGUCGGCGUCGAAGUGUCCGGCGGGCGCGGCCGCCACCCCCCCUCCCGCGCGGCGCUACAAGCCCGAGCCCGAGCCGGCGGCGGAGGGCAGCCACGCGGAGGGCGCGCUGCCGGCCGGCGGUGACGUCAUCAUGAAGACCCCCAUCAAGGAGGAGAGCCCCGAGACCAGGAGGACAAGUCCGCGCGAGAACAAGUGGAUGUCUGCGGGCGCGAGCUGCGGCUCCCGCGGCCGCGCCACGCGCUCCACGCGCCUGCGCGAGCACCGCGUCAGCAACAUGACCGUCAGCGUCACGCCCGCGCCCAAGCACCCGCCGCUCCACCCCGACGACCCGCUCGCGAAGUACAUGUGCCACGUGUGCGGGCGCGGCGACGUGGAGGAGCAGAUGCUGCUGUGCGACGGCUGCGACGACUCGUACCACACGUUCUGUCUCGUGCCGCCGCUCGCCGACGUGCCCAAGGGCGACUGGCGGUGCCCCGUCUGUCUCGCUGAGGAGGUAUCAAAACCAGCGGAAGCGUUCGGUUUCGAGCAGGCGACGCGGGAGUACACGUUACAGCAGUUCGGUGAAAUGGCGGAUCAGUUCAAAUCGGAUUAUUUCAACAUGCCAGUACACAUGGUGCCAACAUCAACCGUUGAGAAAGAAUUCUGGCGGAUCGUGUCCUCGAUUGACGAGGACGUGACAGUGGAGUACGGCGCGGACCUGCACUCCAUGGACCACGGCUCCGGAUUCCCGACCAAGUCCAGCGCCCACUUGUAUCCAGGAGAGCAGCAGUAUGCAGAAUCCAGCUGGAAUUUGAACAAUCUCCCCGUCUUAGAGGGGUCCGUACUGGGACAUAUCAACGCGGAUAUAUCUGGGAUGAAGAUCCCCUGGCUGUACGUUGGCAUGUGUUUUGCCACAUUCUGCUGGCAUAACGAAGACCACUGGAGCUAUUCUAUCAACUAUCUCCACUGGGGAGAGCCGAAGACUUGGUACGGAGUGCCAAGCUCUAAAGCGGAACAGUUCGAGGCGGCGAUGAAGGCGGAGGCGCCGGAGUUGUUCCAGCUGCAGCCGGAUCUGCUGCAUCAGCUUGUCACCAUCAUGAACCCCAACGUCCUGAUGAAGGCUGGUGUGCCUGUCUAUAGGAUGGAUCAACACGCCGGCGAGUUCGUGAUAACAUUCCCGCGCGCAUACCACGCCGGCUUCAACCAGGGCUACAACUUCGCCGAGGCCGUCAACUUCACACCGGCUGAUUGGCUAAAAAUGGGUCGCGAAUGCAUCUCGCACUACUCGACGCUGCGGCGGUACUGCGUGUUCUCGCACGACGAGCUCGUGUGCAAGAUGGCGCUGGAGGCGGACUCGCUCAGCCUCAGCGUGGCCCUCGCCGCCUACAGGGACAUGAGGACCAUGCUGCACGACGAGAGGAAGCUGCGGAAGGCGCUGCUGGACUGGGGCGUGACGGAAGCGGAGCGCGAGGCGUUCGAGUUGCUGCCGGACGACGAGCGCCAGUGCCAGCUGUGCAAGACCACGUGCUUCCUCUCCUGCGUCACGUGUCGCUGCACGCCGCACGUCGCCUGUCUCAGACACUUCGGAGACCUGUGCCGCUGCCCACCCAACCACCACAAGUUGCGAUAUCGUUACACCCUGGACGAGCUGCCCGCGAUGCUGGACAAGCUGAAGAAGAAGUCCGAGCAGUUCCGCGAGUGGGCGGAGGCGGUGCAGAACGCGCUGGACCCCGACACGCCCAAGACCUGCGACCUCGACGGACUGCGCGCGCAUCUCAAGAAGGCGCACGAUCUCAAGAUGCACAAAACGGAGCUGGUGCGAGCCCUAGAGACGGCGAUCGAAGAUGCGGAGAAGUGCGCAUCAGUGAUCCAACAGCUCGACCUAAACAAGAUGCGCACACGCACGCGCCAUCACGACCCCAAGUACCGCCUCACCAUACACGAGCUCACGCUCUUCGCGGCAGAGAUCGACGGGCUAGCCUGCGUGCUGCCUGAAGGAUCGGCGGUGAAGGAAGUGCUACGUCAAACCGCCGAGUUUGAGACCAAAUCAACAGAACUACUUAACAAAGAUCUGGACAAGAUAGAACAGUCAUACGUUCGGGAACUUGAAGAGGUUGUGGAACUAGGCUCCCGCCUCUGCAUAGUUCUUCCUCAACUGGCCCCGCUGCAAGCUCGUCUUCAACAAGUGAAGUUCAUUGAAGAGGUACAAGGCUACAGGGAGGAGCCGUCGACCCUCACUCCAGAGGUGAUCGACAGGCUGCUGGAGGAUGCUGACAAGCUGGUGCCGCAUCACAGGGUCGAGGUGGAGAGGGCUGGAUUGUACAAGCUUAGAGGCCAAGUGGAAGAGUGGGAGAGUCGCGCCCGAGCGAUACUAGAGGCGGCGCACGCGCCGGCCGGCGACGGCGCCGACGACCCGUGCGCGCCGCCGCAGUACACCACGCUGAGCGAGGUGCAGGCGCUGCUGGGCGAGGCGGAGCGCGUGGAGGCCGCGCUGCCCUCGCGACACGCGCUGCACGCCGCGCACCAACACGCCAAGGACUGGCUCGCCAAGGUGGAGGAGAUGCAGUCAAAAGACCUGUACCCAUACAUGCAUACCGUAGAGACUAUAGUGAAAAAGGGACAGCAGAUCCCACUGGCGCUAUACGAGAAGGACCAGCUCGCCACGGCGCUGCAGUCGGCCAAAGAGUGGAAACGUGGUGCCGCCGAAAUGUUCCUCAAGAAGAACUGGCCAUACUCCCUCCUCGAAGCAUUAUCUCCUCGCACGGACGUAUCCGAAGGCUCCGGCGGGGGCCGGAAGCGAACGCGGGCGAGUGCAGCGGGCACGGGGGACGCCGAGCCCCCGCCCUCCUCGCUGGAGGCGGGCCUGUUCCUGCGCAACUUCAGCGAGGACUCCACGCCCACUGAGAUCGUCGCCGCAUUCAAACAGGCCGAGUUGAACGAGCUCAGUGCUAUCAAACAACUUAGGGCGCGCAACAUGCGCAAGGAGGUGCGCGCGCCGGCGGCGGCGGGGCUGACGUUCUGCGUGUGCCAGAAGCGCCAGUACGGCGUCAUGACGCAGUGCGAGCUCUGCAAGGACUGGUUCCACGCAUCCUGUAUAGCCGCAUCAAGGGAAGAACGUGAAGAGUCUCCAGACCGCAUGGAGACAUCGUCGUCAAUGGCAAUCGAGCCGAAAUUUCUUUGCCCGGACUGCGUGCGGACGCAACGACCCAAACUGGACCGAAUUCUCGCUCUGCUGGUAUGGCUGCAAAAACUACCAGUCCGACUGGCUGAAGGCGAAGCUCUACAAUGCGUGACAGAGCGUGCGAUGGCGUGGCAGGAUUCUGCGCGUGCGCUGCUCAACGACCACCGACUGCCCGACCACCAGCAGGACCGUCAGGAUCGGCAGGCCAGCCGGGAGCGAGCUGAUAAACUCAACGCCGAGUUGAAGAAAGCCACGGGAAGAGCGCAUGAUGCACAUAAUUUGUCGCAGAAUCAAAGGUCGAUGGCGAGCGUGGAGCACGCCUACAGCGCGUCGCCGCGCUCGCCGCACGCCGCCAGCGCCGCGCUGCUGCACAAGCUCGAGGACCUCAUGCUCGAGGGCGACCUGCUCGAGGUCCGUCUAGAAGAGCAGGCGCAAGUAUGGGCUGCGGUGUGGGCGGCGCGCGGCGCCGAGGGCCGGCGAGGGGCGCGCGCACUCGACGCCGGCACCACCGCGCACACCGCGCACCCCGCCCACCCCGCCCACCCGGGACACACAGCGCGGCGCAAGCGCGCGCCGCGGCCCGCGCGACAUCACCACCCGCUCAAGCGCACGCGCACCAGGCAUCACCAUGGUACAACAACUACAACAAAACCCACAAUUAAGAGAGGCACAACAACCACAACAAAUUAUCUCAACAGAAAACAGGGCAUGUCGUCCGGCUCGAGCCUGAUGAUGCGCAAGCACUACAUGGCGCGACAGGAACGGCGCAAGCGAGGUCUCGCCUCCCAAAGAGGCAAGCACCCUUCUAGGAUAGGCGACAGCGCGUCGCAGGGCUCGGGCAGCCGCGCCGCCAGCGCCGGCCGCCGCAGCAGCUCCUCCUCCAUGUCCUCCGCCGACGACGACGAGGACUGCGCCGCCGCCAACUGUCUGCGGCCCACUGGCAAGGAGGUGGACUGGGUGCAGUGCGAUGGCGGGUGCGACCAGUGGUUCCACAUGCACUGCGUGGGGCUCAGCCGCGGCGCGCUGCGAGAGGACGACGACUACGUCUGCGGCAACUGCGCCCGGCAACGCUAAUGCAACCAGCGUGGCCGGCACAGGCACGACGCUUGAGGGCUCAUCCACCACGUACUAAUCGAAUUACUAGCAUUGAUAAGUGGGGCUGACGCGGGCGCGAUACCACGCUAAUAUUAGUGUUAAUUAGCUAAUUCAUCGGAUUCCAAGCCGUGUAAUAAAAUAAUACAUAGUCCAAUAUCUAUCGAAUUGUGACAUCACACUUGAAACAAGUACAUAGUGAAGGAAGUAUUUGCGAAAUACUCGUGUGCCGUACAAAUGUCCCCUUUUGUGAGCGCUCAAGCUGCGUGCCGGUGUCUGCGCCAACGAGCUACCACGGUGCUUCCACAAAGUGACAUUGUGACAGUGCGUCCGCCACAGACGUUAUGUGCACGUGACCAAACUGACCGUACAUGACAUUGAUGGAUGUUGGGAAUCGAGUACCAAGGUUGCCAAGUAGACUGCGUGGACGCAUGAACAAGAAAUCGUAUUUGGGAUACGACUACGGUGUGUUGACGCCUCAGGACGUCGGCCAUCUUCACCCGAACGUACCGAGACGACUGCGAUCACGCAGUCCGUUUGCCAACGCCCUUAGACAUAACAAUGUAUUGAGUAAACGUCCACGAAUGUGCGUUAUUUGAUAAGUUUAUAUAUUUUGAAUAGAUCUAAAUGUUUGUUCAUUGGCUAGGUGAGACUUGCCUUAUAAAACGCUUUUAAUUUUUCAUUUAGGUAUUAAUAAUUGAAAUUAAUGACGGCCAAUCUAAAUUCUCCUUGAAUAUGGAGCCAAAUCAUUGAGAAUAUAACAAAAUUAGAAUGUUUCUGAUGAUUUAUUUUAGUUCUUUUUGAUAGUUUAAAUUAUUCUAUUAGAGUUUUGCUUCAAUUUGUGCCUUGAAGCUGUUUAUUCUCCACUUGACAUAACAAUGGAUUACUCAACAUUAUUGCGUCUAAACACGUCCACAAAGAUAACUGAUCGUCAAACAUCUGACUAAUACAAAAUAAAGACAGAAACAAAGGCUUCUGAACUCAUAGACAAAGUAGCUUUCCAAAAAGUAUAGCAAAGGUACAAUAAACUGAUAUUCCAAAUGAAUUGUCGAAUGAACUGUUCAACCCAACAAAUAACAUGGGAAUUUAAUGAAUUAAUCAAUGGGAAUAUACUGAAAUAUUGUAUAUAGAAAAUUUUAUUCAACAUUCACAUGUGUGUAGACGAUGUUUGUUUUAGAAAAAUACACUCUAUCCAAUAUAUGUUGUGGUUUCAAUUAGAUGAAAUAGUUAACAGAUUCACUGGAAAAUGUUAUGUAUUAUCGAUGUUGUAAUUGAAAUUAUAUAGAUUGGGUGUAGGCAGGGAUCUUGAGCACUGACAAGCGAGAUGCAGUACAUUGUUAAACUCAGAUUAGCGAAGGAAUGCAAAAUGUCAUCGGAUCAUAAAAAUCUGUCUCGUGGCAAAUAAAUUUAGAAGUAUUAAUAACUUGUCCAGUGCUCAUGAUUCGUGUCGGAACCUAUACCAUAGUGUCUGUCUGUCUAAUUAUUAUAAUAACUGGAAAUUCAAUGCUGUCUGGAUUGCGAGAAAUGAGGAAUAUAUCACACGCGGGGUGUUUUUAUCGAUAUCUGUCGAUAAAAUUACGGAAAUUUGGAAUGUGUUAGAGAGCAUUUAAAUAAGUAAGUGUUUCCAAUCAGUAGUGUAGUUGCAUAUAUACAUCACAUUUUAAAUAUUACGAUGUGUUUAAGUAUUCAUAAUUAUUUAAAGUUACUCGAGGAAAUAUUGCUGUCAGUUAUAAAUAUAGGUUAUCGAUUCGAAAAGAUCUCAUUUACUUCUACGAUAGUUUGAACGAAGCAUGUGUUAAAAUCUAUAUGUACCGCUCUCUCGUAAUUUAUUUAGUUUUAAUUUUAUCACAAGAUGUCGAUAAAAAUCUCCACGUCUAAGCGCGGACAUUUCGUCCAUCGGAAACAGCUGUCGACACGUCGUGUCACAUCUACUAUAUAAAAUGUUUUGUAAAUAUUUUUUUAAAAACUUAGUAAACUUUUUAAAUGUAAUGAAGAUUUUUCAUGAAACUGAUAGUGUUGUAAGUAGAAGUAUCUAUGUGUGAGUGAGUGAGACAUUCUCUGUAUGUUUCGGUCUUGGCUCAGGUUUUAAGCCGAUGGUUCUCGACGACGUUAAAUCAUAUAUUUUUGUCGAAGUCGAUAAGAGAUGUCGGUGUUUUUGUUAACUGUAGUUUGGACAGACCGCGGUUGUCUAUGUAUACGUUUGCGGCUUCUAGUUUUGGCGCUUUUUGGUAUCUAUAAGUGGGUAUAAUAUUGUAUUAAUUGGCAACACUGAGCCGAGUUGUAUGUAAUGUUUUGAGCUUUUUAACAUAACUGUAUGUAUAUAGACGACACUGUUUGGUUUUAAAUAAAACACAUCAAUUGACAAUGAUCGUAUACAUUUGACUGCUGUACCUCGGUUGUGUUGAGAUAGAUGAACUAUCAAAUGGUUUACAUCGCUUUGCAAAUAUAGGUUUAUUUAAAUAAAUAUAUGAACAAUUGUAGAAAGCACUUACCACCCUUUACAUAAUCUAGAUACCUUUUCCCUAAUAUCCAGAGGUUUAAAAAAUCACAAAUAUUGCCAUCAAUAAUCUUAGCUAUUUAGUUCGCCAAAGCCAACUAGAUGGCGCCGUAACACAAGUUAAACUACCCACAGCGACUUUUGCUAAUUUUCUAUCUUUUUUACGCAAACUAGUGAGAGAAUGAAUUUGUACUACAUAGCCCCCAACCCAGCGACCCACUCGCCUCGUCCACUGUCCUUAGAAGCUGUAUAUAAUGUAGUUGUACAGACGGUUAGUGUUAAGUCGGCCUCAACUUUCCCACUAUAGGAAUUUGGGCUGCUAAGAGCUUGCGACAUCACGUCGCCUCAUCAUAUAACGUGUUUUACCAUGGUUACCUACUCGCAAUAGAGACCGCAUUAAAAUAAACCGGGAAUAAGCGAAAUAAUUGAUUGAGACAAAUCACAAGUUCAAGUAAACCAGAUUUAAUUGAUCUGUGUUACCAUGCAAGCGUUUGAGAAAAAUGACACUUGAAAACUGUUUCCUCUCAUAGCCUUAGUUUAAUAGUCUGUGCAUUUACUUUAAAGUACACAUCGUCUUGGUCCAUUAAUACCGAAAUUUGGUCUCAAUGCGGUGUCUAUUGACGGUAAUCUCAUUAAUGUUUAGACUAAGUGGUCGAGAACGUGGAAAUAAAUGUGUCAUAAUAAAGUCGACUUUUUAGGCUUAUUUCUAAAACUGACUUACCAGGUCGACUACUCAAAUUGACUAUCAGGUCGACUACUUAAGUUGACUUAUCAGGUCGACUACUGUUGACUCAUCAGGUCGACUACUGUUGACUCAUCAGGUCGACUUACCAAAGUAUUUUUCCGACAAUUUCAGUUAUUUUCACGGUCCUCAAUAUUCAAUACACUGACUGUAUUUCUCAUAUGUUGAUGUAAUUUAAAUGUAUAUUUAUGA